CCUUCAGCCUCUCUUUCGCGUUCUGCCACUCUCAUGAAUUCACCUUACCAUGCUGCGGUUGGGGAUGAGGACACAAGUCUUGAACACCUUGUGUCACGUCUUCGUUGUCUCCUGGUGCCUCGGCAACCAGGCAUCCUCCGUUCCAUAACCUCCGCUUACACCCUGACGCGUUUCACUGAGGUGUUGAAUAGCUUCGCCGCUAAUGCAGGUACCAUUAGUGGAGGUGUUGGUUCAAGUGAAAAAAGUAGGGUGGCUCUCGCCAGCGUCAUGGGCUUGUGUCGACUCUCCUCUGUUGGUCUCCGUUAUGUUCAUGCCCUCCGAAUGGCUAGUUCAGAUAUUCCUGAACAAUUUUCUGCUUUCCUGAUUGCUCUUUGUCGCCGGCUUGAAGUGAUGCCGCGUCUCCAUCAACCCAACACCUUUACCAACCUUGCAAUGGAUGGCAACACUACAAACGGCGCCAGUGGCAAGGACGGGUGCAAUGGUGGCGUGGGUGUUCACCAGUGGAACCCUGAUUGUAUGAUGGAGAUGGAUCGUGACGCACUAGCUGAGAACUCAUCAUGGCUACUCUCAUUAGGCUGGCUUGACCGCUCCAUGUUUGAGUCCACUUGGAAUGCUCUGCUAGCAGUGUGCACUCCACCACCAUCGUCAUUUCCAUCCCCAUCUUUGGAAGCGGAGAUGGGAGAGAAUCCUUUCGUGAACAGCAAAGAGGAACUGGUGGAAGUGAAUCACUGCCGCGUUCUGGGUCUUAACGCUCUGACUCGUCUCCUUCUCAACGCUGCGCAUCGUCCACGACCUGGUGACCCGUUGAACAGUUCGCCACUGCAUCAGCCGCGUCUUUCCCUGCCUCCGCAGUUCAUGCACACUCGACUCGGUGGUAGAAUCGGACAUGUGUUGAGUCGUCUGGAUCAGGAAGCAAAUGCGUGGUUUUAUGACAUUCCGUCGACCAGCGCAGUGAUCGGAUGCGACGCUGGCAAGUCAGAGGAAUGCCUGUCCUGGCUCUCCACCAAUUUGGAUCUUCAGCAUCCGGCGGAUUUAGACUCGCCGGCCAACCAAGUUCCAAUUGAGUGUUUAGUGAAGUGGAUGCUUCAUUCACUUAAUGAGCCAAUGGGCUUCGAAGCAGACACCAUCUUUUCUUGCCUCCAAUCUCUACGUUUGGUUCAUCACGCUUGGCUUCGUCCUCUCGAAGAGCGACUUCUCGACAGGGCUCGGGGUGUAGGUGAAUCAGGGAACUCGAAUUCCACGUCUAGAGCAUUCACCUUAUCCUCUCAGCGGAAUAAGCUUAUUCAAUUCUUCAAACGUGGUGUUCGAUCUUCGUCUUCUUCCGACUUUAUUUCUCAUCCUCCGCUAGCUUUCGGCGAAUCAAUUCUUCUCACUGGAGUUCUCGAUAGCGAGGAUAAGGCUUACAUGGACCCCAUAACGGAGACAGAAAAUGCCGAUGAAUCGCCUUUGACGGUCUCAGAGACUAUACCUUCCUUGGAUCAGUCGGUACCCUCAUUGUCAGUUCUCACUGCAGUGGUCAAGUCUGCAGUUCUUUGCAGUGAUCUCUUUACCACUAGGGAGCAGUUCCUCUGGCUUAUUGGUUGCUUACAGGCCGUUUAUCAGAACUUGCCCCUCAUUGAAGAGGGCUUUGAGGCACCGAUCUACGUUUGGCUUACCACGGGCUUGGCUCGAUGCACCGCUGUAUUGGAAGCCACAAUGCUACCGGCAACGGAGUUUGACGCGACCCCUUCGUUGUUACCAAAUAUGGAGGCAGAGGGACUGGAGGAAGCAACGACUGUGGCUCCACAACAGCAUCACUCGGCACCCAUUCUUCUGAAUUCAAAUUUGCAGGCUGCGGUGUCAGUGACCACUGUUGCACUGGAGUCAACGGCAGCAGUGCCACUGCAGGAUGCAGGCCUACGCGCCGCAAUGGAUUUACUUCAAGCCGCUCUUCUACUUCGCGCAACACGACACCCUGCGCUACAACAGCCAACGCUGCUAGCAAAUCCGCCGACCGGUUCGCCACUACUCAACUCCUUGUUGAUACAGGUCUGUCACUACUUGGACAGUCGGCUGGAUAACCUAUUCGAGUCUGACGCCACCUUGGAAAAACGUUGGUUACUUGCGAAGGACACUGGCGUUGGCCCCCUCCGGAUUGCUGGGAACAGUGGUGUCUCAAUAAUCACAGCCGGACUUGUCCGAAGCGCCUCGAACUCUGUCUCCUCCAGUCGCAAUAUCAGUUCUACCCUUAAUCGGGCUGGUAGGUUGUGA